AUUUGUGUCCCCUUUUAAUAAAAUUGCUCUUGAGCUAUUCCUGGAGUUUAUUACUGGACUUGGACUCGAGUCCAACUCACACGGCUAUUCUCUGGACUCGUGACUCGACUUGGGCUGAAUCUCAUUUCUCUGUCUUACCCCUUCCCCUUAGUUUUUUACGUUCAUGUGAGAGUAAGGGCUAUCCCAAUUCUCGUUUUGAUCGAGAGUAGGGCUAAGGGGAAGGGCUAGAUACCCCUUAAAACCAAGCAAAGACGCAAGCUUACUUGAAAGCAAGGGGUAUCCAGAAUACAUUGCGCAACCUGCAACAAUGGCUGCCAGAUCGACCACAGAGAGCCAUAAAUGGACCCCGGAGGAACAUAUACCAUCCUGUAUCACACAGGGACGCCUGAGGAAACCCAGCAGCUGAUCCACUUUCGGGCCGAAAACGAGCAGAAGUUUCUUAAAUCAAAAUAUGCUGCAAAGCAACUAUGGGAUAUCAGAGGAAGCGGUCAUAGUGCUAUGCUGCAGCCAUAGAUGAAGACCACCAUGGAUACCAGAGCUUGUAUCAGAAGGGAGUACUUUGCCAUCUUCUUCUUUCUGGCUGCGGCUGUCUCCAUCAUUGUGUUACAUAACAUGGAAGUUCUGGAGACCACCUUCCAGAUUCAGCAUAAAGUGAACUCCACCACCAUCAUUGUCCCGAGAGUUUCCACUGUGCCUGACGUGCAUCGGGGCUUCUGCACCUUCCAGCCACUGUCUCCCAAGGACGCUCUGGAGGAACGCCUCCUACUGGACUCCAUUGCUUGGCCUAAAACUCCAGUAUUGCCAGCUCCUCUUUCCCUGGAGAAGACCAGUGAUCCAGCUCACAGCUCUUUCACCAUUCUCCCAGUUAGGGGAGGAGGACAAUGGCACGUAGGGGAUCAGCUGGAGGUUAGGAUCAAUAUGUCUGAUUUCCAGGGCCGUCCCAAGAAGUCUGGAGGGGACUUCUUACUCGCCCGACUGCACAACCAGAAGCUUGGUGCAGGUGUGGUUGGGCAUGUGGUGGAUCAUCUGAAUGGCAGCUACUCUGCUGUAUUCUCUUUACCCUGGGAAGGAGAUGCGCAGGUUGAGGUGACGCUGGUUCACUCUAGUGAAGCUGUCACAGUGCUGAACAGGCUGACCAGCGAACAGCCUGACAGGAUUUACUUUAAGAGCCUCUUCCGCUCAGCCUCAUUCUCUGAAACUACAAUCUGUAACGUCUGCCUACGUCCAACAAAGCAGCCGCUGUGCAACUACACUGACCUCCGUACAGGCGAGCCUUGGUUCUGCUACAAGCCAAAGAAGCUGAGCUGUGAUGCCAGGAUCAACCACGCAAUGGGAAAAUACAAACAAAACCUCAGGGCCAUCGAGAAGAAGCUCUUUCAAAGUGGUGUCAACUUGAAAGUCUACCUACAGGCUUCAGGACCAGCCAAUGUCACCGUGUUGCCAAAAAAGAAAGGCCAAUCAGAGGUGAAGAGCAGCAGUGUGAAGUCUGGACCCUCUGGUUAUUACUACCAGGGUGUGUGGCGAGCACUAGGUGGCACCACAGUUCGCCAAUUUAACAACUCCACUAUCAGUCAGUGUCUGAAAGGCAAGGAGGUCCACAUGUAUGGAGACUCCACCAUCAGGCAGUGGUUUGAAUACCUCAACGCAGCACUGCCAGAUCUUAAAGAGUUUAACCUGCACAGCCUGAAGCAAGUUGGACCUUUCAUGGCAUUGGACUAUGCAAACAACAUCUUGGUGACGUUCCGCUGCCACGGUCCUCCUAUCCGUUUUCCCAAAGUCCCAACCAGCGAGCUUCGCUACAUUGCCAAUGAAAUUGAUGGCUUAACCGGAGGCACCAAUACUGUCGUAGUUUUCGGCAUCUGGUCUCAUUUCAGCACUUUUCCCAUGGAGAUCUACAUCCGGCGACUGCAGACCAUCCGCAGGGCGGUGGUGCGGCUGCUGGACAGGGCUCCAGGCACGGUGGUCAUCAUCCGGACCGCCAACCCCAAAGCCUUGAUGCUUUAUGAGACAAUAACCAACAGCGACUGGUACUCGCUGCAGCGUGAUAAGGUGCUCAGAGCAGUGUUCAAAGGACUGAAAGUUCAUCUGAUCGAUGCCUGGGAGAUGGUUCUUGCCCACCACCUGCCACACAGCCUCCACCCACAACCUCCCAUUAUUAAGACUAUGAUGGACCUUCUCUUGUCCUACAUAUGCCCUAAAAACAGUGGCUAGAUGCGUGUUUGUUGCAGUUCCAAGCCAUAUUAGGGUUGGGUAUUACAAAUAACCACUGCUGAAUGAUCACAAUUAACACAAACUGUACAACCUCAUUACUUGCCCCAUGUGUUGGGAUUGUCAAGCAGCAUUUCAGGAAAUGCAGAAAACACUGUAUAUCUUGGGUUUUUUUUUUGUCCAAAAACAAAGAUGUAAAAAUACCAAUUUGUGGUAAUGGGCUGGACUAUUUCUUUGCUGGGCAAAAUGACUUCCUGAAGUCUCCGCUGGUUGCCUGGAUUAUUUAAAGGGGUGAUAGAAUGAUUAUAUAGGGUAUUUUACAC